GAAAGCGAAAAGGCCCUUUGCCUCUCGCUCUACCCCAAACCACAGCAGUCAGCAGCAGACCCUCGCCAUGGGACUGAGAUCCCCGCUCGUGCUCCUGCUGCUCCUCCUCUUCCUCGCCGCUACUUUCCGUCCCAGCGCGGCCGCUUUGGCCCCUCCAACAGGCAGCAUCGUGAAGCAGCUGUCGUCGGUCGUCAGGUGGCCGCGGGCCGCCCCCUCGACGCACGGGCCCAAACAGCCCGGCCACCCCCAGUACGCCGAUGGCCACGUGGGGGUAGCCCUGCAAUUUGAGAGCGGCUACUUUGUAGAGACACUUGUUGAGGGUGACAAGCUUGGUGUCACGCCGCACACCGUUAGAGUAUCUCCUGUUGAGGGCGGGGAGCUCCUUGCGGUCGACUCGGCACAUAGCAACAUUGUGCGGAUAACCCCGCCACUUUCUGAGUAUAGCAGGGGAAGACUUGUUGCUGGUUCUUUCCAGGGCCAUUCUGGUCAUAUAGAUGGUAAACCAAGUGAUGCCCGAUUCAAGCGCCCCACAGGCGUUGCCGUGGAUGAUAUGGGCAAUGUUUAUGUUGCUGAUACAGCAAACUUGGCGAUUCGAAAGAUUGGAGAAUCAGGAGUGACCACCAUAGCGGGUGGUAAAUCGAAUAUCCCAGGAUACAGGGAUGGCCCCAGUGAAGAUGCAAAGUUCUCUACAGAUUUUGAUGUGGUGUAUGUGAAGAAAAUGUGUUCUCUUCUGGUUAUUGACCGUGGAAAUGCAGCCCUUAGGAAGAUUUCUCUUCCACAAGAAGACUGUACUUACCAGGAUUCUGCACUCCUAUCUUCAGAUCUCAUAUUGGUCAUUGGUGCUGUUGUGGCUGGAUAUAUCUUCUCUGGUUUCCAACACGGGUUUGGAUUCUCAGGCUCCGAGAAGGUAGAGGCACCUGAAAACGAGCAGCACGAGAGCAGCACAAUCGGGAAGCCACCUCUGGUGGUGGAGAGCCUGAAAGAGGAACCAGGAGCUGGGUGGCCAUCCCUCGGGACGCUAAUUGCCGAUCUCUUGAAACUUGCCAUCGAGGGAGUGGGGAAACUGCUACUCAGCGUAGUCCCUCAACGCAUGCAACACGGGAAGAGGAAGACAGAUCUCACCCCGCUCAGGGACAGGCUGGUGAUGCCCGAGGACAGAGAGGAGACGGCAGCGGCGGCGCAGAAGCUCAGCAGCACACCAAUGCGGCCCGAGACAGCCCACGCCCCUAACCCCGUAACCGAGACGGCAGCACCCAAGGCCCCGAAGAGCACGAAGCCAUCCAAGCUCAGGGAUUCUUCGACCCUGUCAAGCAAGCACAGGUCCUCCAAGCGGCAGGAAUACGCGGACUUCUACGGCACCUCCGAGCCCGCUCCCGUAGGUGCCGCCGCCAAGGUCCCCAAGGACAGGCUCCGCCACCGCCACCACCACCGCGAGAAGAGCGGGGAGGUCGCCUACGGCGCCGCCCAUCACGACCUGAAGCCCGCGGAAGCGAAGCCUGCCGAUUACAGCGAUCCGAGCUACGAUCCGUACGUGAGGAGCAAGUAUGCCGCCGAGAGUGGGUACAGGUAUUGACGUGUCGCUAGCUGUCCUGUCCUGUCCUCUCCUGCCGGGGGAAACAGCGGAAUGAAAACCUUUCGCCGGCGUCUGCCUGGCAAUGUUGUAAGUGUGAAGCUAUAUAGCCUCCACAAGCGCAAAGCGAGGCGCAAACAAAGCUGCUGCUGGUGCCUGGUGCUGCUCAUGGUUUGGUGGUGCCCAUGAGAUGUGGCAAGUAGUCAUCCUAGUUAGGUUAGGUAUGGACGGCCAGGACGGGGUUGGCAUCUGGCCCGGUUUCAGGAUAUGCUAAGUGCGAUUUUCGCAGAGGGCGACAUG